GAUUUUUUUAUAUUAUUAGGAUGCCGAUAUUAAAACACCAAAUAAGUUUGUAUUCGGAGUAGUGUAGGUAGUAUAUUUGAUAUUCUAUUUAUAUUUCUAAUAGGAUCAACGUGGUGCCAGGAAAUGGUAUGGCUAAUUGGCCAUGAUUUGGACUACGAAGGUGCCAAGUCUCUGCAGCAAAUCCGUUGUCCUCUCGUCGAGCUGUCCAGCAUCAUGAAGCAGGGGCACGCGGAGUGGCACAACGAAUCAGUGAAAAGUACUUCAGUAGAGCUGGUGAAGUACCGACUGCCUCAUCCUCGGUACGUGCGCAGCCACCUCCCUUGGGAGCUUUUGCCUUCAGAUAUCGAAAAAGAAGAUGGGACUGCCAAAGCGAAGGUGAUUUAUACAUCGCGCAACCCUAAGGAUAUGGUAGUGUCUUACUAUAACUACUGCACCCUAGUUCAUGGACUGAAGGGUGACUUUGAGGAGUUUUGUGAUAUGUUCAUGAAGGAUAAACUGCCAUUCGGACCGGUCUGGCGCCAUAUACUUGGUUUCUGGAAACGACGCCACGAUCCAAACGUGUUGUUUAUCAAGUUCGAGGACAUGAAACAUGACUUGCCAUCUGUGGUCAGGAAAACAGCCAAAUUUCUUGACAAAGCGAUAACGGAUGAAGAAGUUGAUGAACUCUGCGAUCACUUGUCAUUCAACAACAUGAAGAAUAACAGAGCUGUCAACCUUCAACCUAUAUUGGAACGUACUUUUGGUAAAUCUUAUUUGGAACAAACAGAUUUAAGAUUUAUAAGGAAGGGAGAGAUCGGCGAUUGGAAGAAUUUCAUGUCCGACGAUUUGUCCAGAAAGUUCGAUCAAUGGGCUCAGAAAAAUUUAGAAGGUUCCGAUUUGAGUUUUGUAUGAUUCUUCUACGGUGAUGGUGCUAUUUUUAUCUUAUUAAAUAAAUAUAUUUUAAGACUACACUUUUUACGAUUCAUUGACAUUUAUUAAUAGGUACGUUGAUUUGUAAUAAUUGUUAACAAUAA